AAUGUAUUUAUCAGUCAAUUAUUAUUUAUGAUAUCAUUUUUUUUAAAAUUUAUAUUUAGUUUAGUUGUUAUUUAUUUUUAUUUUUGUGUUAUUGAUUUAGUAGUAAAUUAAUUGUCUGUUUGUUUGUUUAAAUACUGUAUUAAUUAAUUGUUUCCCCGAAAAAAAUAUAUCACAAAAAAAGUUGAAUUUAAUUUAAAUUCACCGACGCCGAUAUAACCAUCACUUGACUGACUGACUUCAAAUCUACCGCUAAUUUCCAACUAACAACUGAUCCCAACAACUAUACAUACCAUUCAUACAUUCAUCCGAUGGACUCGCGAAAGAUGUCCGACGAAGACAAAGUCAGUCUUUGCCGUAAAUACUUUUACAUCGGCUUUGCGUGUCUGCCGUUUCUCUGGCUGGUCAACAGUGUCUGGUUUUUCAAGUACGCCUUCGGCAACGGCAGCAGCCAUGAAGACGUUUCAUCGUCGACGGCCAGAAAACCGUUGCGCCGAUACGUUACCUAUUCGAUGAUCGGUUCGGCCGUAUGGAUAGUGGCCAUCGUUGCCUGGAUUACGACUUUUCAGCUAAAACGGGCCCAAUGGGAGGCCACUGGCGACUAUUUGUCGUUCAAUAUUCCCCGAGGAAUACCAUAAAAAAAACUGUUUUUUUGUUUGUUUGUUUGGUUAGAAACU